GAUCUGUUUUGAGAAUAGGAGGGGGAGGAGGGAGUGAGGGACGUUGGUGUAAGCUGGUAAUGGAUGCUGCAUGAACGAACGAUGAAGAUGAUUUCAUGAUUACUCACUCCAUCCAUCCAUCCAAAGGCUACAUUGCAUUUUUAACGUCUCACAUUCACCCGCUCUCCGCCGGCUUCUCCGCCCACGCCUCCCCAAUUCUAAAGCCACGACCCCUCCUCCGCAUUCGAUUCAUCGCCUGACUUUACAAUCUUGAUGACUCCCUCGUCGGCUUCUCGCCCAUCUGGAAUCAAUGGCUUCGCCGCCGCUGCUCCGGACAACACGAAAUCUAGAGUCACCGUUGUUGGUAGUGGUAACUGGGGCAGUGUUGCCGCUAAGCUCAUUGCAUCCAACGUCCUCAAGCUCCAUUCUUUCCACGAUGAAGUGAGGAUGUGGGUAUUUGAAGAAAUACUGCCAACUGGUGAAAAACUCUCAGAGGUCAUUAACAAAACCAGCGAGAAUGUUAAGUAUCUAGCUGGCAUUAAGCUUGGUAAGAAUGUUAUUGCGGAUCCUGACCUUGAACAUGCAGUGCAAGGAGCUAACAUGCUAGUCUUUGUUACUCCUCAUCAAUUCAUGGAGGAUAUAUGCAAGAGAUUAGUUGGGAAAAUUAGGAAAGAUGCUCAAGCGAUUUCUCUAAUUAAAGGAAUGGAGGUAAGGGUGGAGGGUCCAUACAUGAUCUCCACCCUCAUCACUAAACAACUUGGAGUCAAUUGCUGUGUCCUAAUGGGGGCAAACAUUGCUAAUGAGAUUGCAGUGGAGAUGUUCAGUGAAGCAACAGUAGGAUACAGGGAAAACAAAGAGAUUGCACAUAAAUGGGUUCAGUUAUUCAAUACACCUUAUUUUAUGAUCUCAAUUGUCGAAGAUGUGGAAGGAGUAGAACUAUGUGGUACCCUUAAAAAUGUUGUGGCUUUAGCAGCAGGAUUUGUUGAUGGUCUCGAGAUGGGAAACAACACAAAGGCUGCGAUAAUUAGAAUUGGCUUGAGAGAGAUGAAGGCACUUUCCAAAUCGCUAUACCCCUCAGUUAAAGACAGCACAUUUUUUGAGAGCUGUGGUGUAGCGGAUGUGAUUACAACUUGCUUAGGAGGACGAAACAGGAAGUGCGCGGAAGCUUUUGCAAAGAAUGGGGGGAAGAGGUCUUUUGAUGAACUUGAAGCAGAGAUGUUGCAGGGUCAAAAGCUUCAGGGUGUGUCAACAGCAAAAGAGGUCUACGAGUUUCUAUCUACUCGGGGAUGGCUGGAGGGCUUCCCUCUGUUUUCCACAGUACAUGAGAUCUGCACUGGCCGUCUUCCUCCAUCGUCUGUAGUUAAACACAUGGAGCACGUCCCCAAGAUUCUUCCUCCUGGGAGGUUAUGAUUAUUUUUUUGUGAAGUCCUAACGAGUUGAUAUAUUUGUUACAUUGAGUAUCCAUAUCAUUUCCCCCCUAUGAAUUAUUGAAGUGAAAGUCUCCUUGUAUAUUAGCUUGGGAUUGAUGAUUAUAGGAUGAAAUAAUGCUCUUAUAAGCCUAGAGCAAAUAU